GCGUCUAAAGAUGCUAAAGGCUAUACUGAGGUGGCGAAAGCAGAUUGGUAUAAACAAGUCAUAAUGGUUGGUCUUGACAAGAACCAAACCUACACGGAUAAUUUGGAUUUCUUUGCUAAUAUGGUCAAUGCGAAAGCUACUCAAGUUGCGUGCGCCUACAAGGAUGAUGGAAAAGAGGUGCAUUACUCAUGCAUCUUCAACGUAUGCAUACCAUUUGAGUAUUGGGCCAAACUGUCGCAGUGUUUCACCACUUCAAAGAAAAGGAGAUGGGAAAAGCUACUUUAA